ACCACACACUUUUAACACUUUAAAACACAUCACCAAACUAGUCUUUCUUAUAUACAUUUAAAUCAAAAUGGGUUCUUGUUCUACAGCUCAAGAAGAGCCUCAACUAGUAGAUACACCGGCCAUUCUUCCUUCUCCGUUAGCUCAGGAGCCUGACAACGAUGUCCCUGCGCCGGGAAGCCAGUUUUCUGAGUUCGCCGCCGGUUGUUUCUGGGGGGUGGAGCUUGCUUUCCAGAGGAUCCCUGGCGUGACAGAGACUGAGGUUGGGUACACUCAAGGGAUCUCUCACAAUCCUUCGUACAAGGAUGUCUGCACCAACACAACGAACCAUGCAGAGGUCGUAAGGGUUCAGUAUGAUCCUAAUGAGUGCACCUAUGAGACGCUUCUUGAUUUGUUCUGGUCUAGGCAUGAUCCCACUACCUUGAAUCGUCAGGGAAAACUUGUGGGAGCUCAAUACCGGUCAGGUAUAUACUUCUACACAACCGAGCAGGAGAAACUAGCACGUGAGUCUCUAGAGAACCAGCAGAAGAAACUGGAGAAUAAGAUUGUGACUGAGAUCUUACCUGCAAAGAAAUUCUACAAAGCUGAAGAAUACCAUCAGCAUUACCUCUCCAAAGGUGGGAAGAGUGGCCAUGCACAGUCUCCUGCAAAGAGCUGCAAAGACCCUAUCAGCUGCUUUGGCUAA